GACACAAGUCGAUCCAUUUUCUGAACAACCCUCCAUCUCGACCAACCAUAGCGCUCGUUGUUGGUUGGUCGCCCUCUGUGUCAAGGUGGAACGACAUUUUGAGAAAACAACACCAGGGGAAGAGAGAAAAAAACGAUGUCUUCUUUAGGAAGGGCCAUGGGUGUCCUUAGGGCCGGGACGCAGCUUCUUACACGUGGACCUCAGAAAAUAGUAACCCGAAAAGCUGGUGGUGGACCACACAUAGAGGCCCAGUACAGGCAAUUCCCACAACUCACCAAGAGCCAGACGUUCCAAGCAGAGCUCCUCAGCAGUGCCAUGUGGUUCUGGAUCCUGUGGCACUGCUGGCAUGACCCAGAUGCAGUGAUGGGUCACUUCCCAUGGCCUGAUGCAUCCGCAUGGACAGAUGAGGAACUGGGGAUCCCAGCUGACAAUGAGGAAUGAGGUGCCCUCUACCCCACUGACUCCAGACCUUGUGUGUGUGUGCCCGGUCGCUACCCAAGUCUACCUGGUGGUCACAACGGUGUCCCAAGAGGCUUUGUUGUACAUAGACCAAGAAAUAAAAUUCAAUUUAUUCUGAAA